CAGGGCAACUACGGUAGCUCUGGAAAAGCCUAUGAUGGUCAGAGCAACUACGGCAGCAACUAUGGAAAUAACCAGUACAAGAAUGUAGGCAACAACGACCAGUACAGAGAUGGUCUUUACUACGAUCCAGGCACCAGCUACGUCCAGGCUUAUGGGGGAUCAAACAGCUACCAAUCUGGAAAUGACUACAACAACAACAACAACAACUACGACAACAACAACUACAAAUCACCAAGCUACAAUGUCCCAAGCUACCCCAAACCAGCCUCUUACGGUGCAAAAUAUGCCACCUACAACAAACCAUCCUACACUGCCCCAGCCCCAACCAGCUACGGAAGUGGAUCCUCCUACACUGCCCCAGCCUCAACCAGCUACGGAAGUGGAUCCUCCUACACUGCCCCAGCCUCAACCAGCUACGGAAGUGGAUCCUCCUACAAUGCCCCAGCCUCAACCAGCUACGAAAGUGGAUCAUCCUACACUGCCCCAGCCUCAACCAGCUACGGAAGUGGAUCAUCCUACACUGCCCCAGCUUCAACCAGCUACGGAAGUGGAUCAUCCUACACUGCCCCAGCCUCAACCAGCUACGGAAGUGGAUCAUCCUACACUGCCCCAGCCUCAACCAGCUACGGAAGUGGAUCAUCCUACACUGCCCCAGCCUCAACCAGCUACGGAAGUGGAUCAUCCUACACUGCCCCAGCCUCAACCAGCUACGGAAGUGGAUCAUCCUACACUGCCCCAGCCUCAACCAGCUACGGAAGUGGAUCAUCCUACACUGCCCCAGCUUCAACCAGCUACGGAAGUGGAUCCUCCUACACUGCCCCAGCCUCAACCAGCUACGGAAGUGGAUCAUCCAACACUGCCCCUGCUUCAAGCAACUACGGAAGUGGAUCAUCCUACACUGCCCCAGCCUCAACCAGCUACGGAAGUGGAUCAUCCUACACUGCCCAAGCCUCAAACAGCUAUGGAAGUGGAUCUUCCUACACUGCCCCAGCCUCAACCAGCUACGGAAGUGGAUCAUCAUACUCUGCCACCGGCUCUAACUACGGAAGUGGAAGCUCUUACUCCAACAGCGAUGACUCCAGUGUUGGAACAUGUGAGUUAAUUUAUAAACUGAUUCUAAUUUCCGAUAAAAACUAUAUUUUAAAUAAGUUGACUAAUGACAAUGUCAUUUUUUUAAACUUGAAUUACCGACCUAAUCAUUUCUUCUUCAUUACUAUAAUAAUCAUAUAUUGAUAGGGGAAACAAAUGUAAUAAAUAAAAACAAUCUCAAAUGUUAACAUUAUUACUUUGGCUUCCCUAUUCCCCAGACCCAUGUGGACCUAAAGACGAAGGCAAGACCUACGCCAUUGUUGGACUGUGUUACGGAUAUUACGAGUGCUACUAUGGCGAGUCUCUCUACCGUCAAUGUAACAACUACUACAGUUUCGAUGCCUACUCUGGCAAAUGUGUCGCUGACAACACUUGCGCUUACGGUAAACUUUUAUUUUUUAAAUUGUUUGUUCAUUUUAUUUUUGCCGGCAAAACUUUGAUUUACAAAUGAUCACAUCUACUUAAUUAUAACGAAGUUGUUCAUGCUUAUAGGUAUUCUUUACUUCAAAGAUUACAAGAGUUGUCAUUAAAUAUAACUUCAAUUAUAUAUUUUAACAUCUCACCAUUUGACUAUUUCAAUAUUUAACUAUAUCACUAUCUUACUUUAACACUAUCUUUGGAAAACAUUUCUAUUUGUCCAUCACAGUUGCCCCAGCCGUUGCCUACGACAACAGCAACUACAACAACAACGGAUACGCCGCUGCCAACAACAACAACUACAACAGCAACGGAUACGCCGCUGCCAACAACAACAACUACAACAACAACGGAUACGCCGCUGCCAACAACAACUACAACAACAACGGAUA